UGAACACGGAAGUAUAGCGUGCGAUAACAUUUCGUGGAAAAUUGGGAAGGAGUUCACUCAUUCUAUUGUGUUAACAAUGAGAAGAAUUAUAGCCAUAGAAUCCGUUGGCCUACUUUGUUAGAAAUCGAGCUAAACAGACUGAAGUUCAUAAAGUUUUGCAGAAGGAUGCUGAUUUGACAGCUCAAAUUCCUCGCUCCUUGUGCCUGAUUGGCUAAAACAAGCCCGUUGAAAUUGGGUGUUCGCAUCGGUGGAGAAUGGCUAGCAAGCCUGCUAGCUUCUUAUUUUAAAGUCUGUGCUAGCCCACAAUCCAUUUGAGUGGAGUUCUUAUCUGUCUGUCGUACUGUUGCGCAAGAGAGACACAUGAAAAUUGUCUUAACUACAUAAUCAAGCUUGACAAAAGACAGAGGACUAGGUGUGGAUGACCCCUCCCCUUACGAGAUGUAACAGGAUGCUGAACCAUCACUGUAGAAGGAACCCCGAGCUUCAAGAGGAGCUGCAGAUACAGGCUGCAGUGGCAGCGGGGGAUGUGUACACUGUCAGGAAGAUGCUGGAGCAAGGCUACUCUCCGAAGAUCCGUGAUGCCAACGGGUGGACCCUGCUCCACUUCUCCGCUGCCAAGGGGAAGGAGAGAUGUGUCCGGGUCUUCCUGGAGCACGGAGCUGACCCCACAGUAAAGGACUUCAUCGGCGGCUUCACGGCGCUCCACUAUGCCGCCAUGCACGGCCGUGCGCGCAUCGCCCGCCUCAUGCUGGAGUCGGACUUCCGCAGCGACAUCAUCAAUGCCAAGAGCAACGAUGGCUGGACGCCGCUGCAUGUGGCUGCCCACUAUGGCCGCGACUCUUUCGUGCGGCUCCUCCUUGAGUUCCGUGCCGAGGUGGAUCCCCUCAGCGACAAGGGCACCACGCCCCUCCAACUCGCUAUCAUCCGUGAGCGCUCCAGCUGCGUGAGAAUCCUGCUGGACCACAGCGCCAACAUCGACAUUCAAAAUGGCUUCCUGCUGCGCUACGCCGUCAUCAAGGGGAAUCAUUCCUACUGUCGUAUGUUCCUGCAGCGGGGUGCGGACACUAACCUGGGUCGCCUCGAGGACGGGCAGACCCCGUUGCACCUAUCGGCACUAAGAGACGACGUGCUGUGUGCUCAGAUGCUUUACAAGUACGGCGCCGACACCAACACAAGGAACUACGAGGGCCAGACUCCCGUGGCGGUGUCGUCGAGCAUGUCGGGCAUCAGCCGGCCCUGCCUGGACUUCCUACAGGAGGUCACCAGACAACCCAGGACUUUGCAGGACAUGUGUCGGAUAAACAUCCGGCAUCACAUAGGUCUCCAGAGCUUGACGUUUCUGGAGGACCUGCCCAUUGCCAAGGUCAUGAAAGACUACCUAAAACACAAGUUUGACAAUGUGUGAUAACAAGAGUUUUGUUUUUUAUAUACCACACGAACCAGGCAGACGGAGAACGUUGUUCUCUCCUUUCAUCAGACUAUGCAAGCAUUGUGCUACCUUCCGUUGUCUGAAGCCUGGAGGAGGUGGAGGACCAGGUUUUUGUACAACCUCCAGAGGUCACUUUGUAACACGUUGCCGGAUGGAGACGGAGGAUCUUUCUCUCUCGACCGUGUUUCGAACCGCGUUAGCAGCAUUACGUCUUUGGAUGGACGACUGAAUUGGAUGGAUGGGAACAGGUGGCAAUGUUUCAAGUAGGGCUUUGUUUCAAUCAUGAUGAAUGGUUGGUGAAGGGGUGCAGUCCUACUUCCUGUUGUGGAAUAAAGCUUGUUUUGAUAGAAAUGAGAUGACCGGCGAUUCGCUGCUGUCUUGUUACCCAUAAUGUAUGUCAGAUUUCAGUCCACAUCAAGCCAAUGAUUGUUUUUGUGGAGAUGAAGUGUUCCUAUUAGUUUUCAUGAAGACGCCAACAUUUCUUUGCUUUGGUAAAUCUGGGCAAGUUGAGCACGAGAGAGAAAGGUUUGUCAGACUGACAGUCUUUUUUUAUGUGUAAAACUUGUUGCAGAAUGGGUCAAUCUUGUGAUACAGCAUUUCAAAUAAUCAGGUUAUCAAAACCUCUUAAUUAUUCAAGUAUUACAAAAGCUCAGUGUUGAGUUAACUCAAGCUUGAGUUGGCUAAAGUAGACCCGUUUUGACCUGAUUUAUUGAAGGAUUCACAAGUGAGUGAUACUGAGGAGGGUUUUCAGUAGAGGGAAGGCCUGAGUUUCCCACAUUUCUAGUAGGUGUUCACAGGAUGAGUCAUCCAGCACGGCUCGGUGAAGUCUGUCUGCAAUGGUUACCAUGUACAGACAAAACAUCGUUUUUAAAAAAACUAUGUAAAUAAAUGUCAUAUAUGUACAGCAGAUAUUUUUCUAGAAUUAUUUAAGCGAUGAUCUCUUGUAUUAAUGUAUUUGGAGUUUGUUGGAUGGUAUUGUGUGCUGUUGAUGUGACCCAUGUGUUGGUUUUCUAUGUGUUGGCGUGUCUUUUAAGAGUUUUAGAAGAUACGCACGUGUAUUUUUGAAACUGAAUAUUUAGUUAAUUAUUUUUACUUUGUGGGAGAUGGAACGGGUAUUGGGUUAAGAAUAAAAUAAGUGAAUUUGUGUUUAAAUGUCAA